CAUGGCUUCAAUGGGUUUUGCGCUUGUCGCCACCGCGCUCUUCCCGGCCGCCGCUGCCCUCUCCGUCCAAGCACCGGCUCGGCGCCGCCUGGACGGGCCUCUCACGUGCCCAACGAGCGUGUGCGACUUCAUCUGCGAGCCCUCCGAGUGCACCCUCCCGUCCUGCACCAUGCUCUGCUCCGAGUGCUGCUCGCCGGCCGCGACGCCGCCGCCACCUGCGCCGCCUGCGGGCUCGCCACGUUACGUGGCGUGUGGCAGGACUGGCCGGUGCGACGAGAGCGACCGGUGGGCGGCUCCGUCCGAGAAGCACGAGGUGCGGUGUUGCUCCGACUCGCGAAUCGACGGCUGGAAGAAGAAAGAUGGGUGCUCCGUGUGGAGCGAGUCCGACGACGAUGAGAUGGGAGGCAAGUGCCACCACAACAAGAACUUUGCGCAGGCCUCGACCAUCUGCGAGGACGCGGGCGCACGCCUGUGUACUCGGGCGGAGCUGCAGGGGAAUUGCGCACGCGGGUCAGGCUGCGGCCACGACCGCGAUCUGAUCUGGUCAGGCACGGAGAGCGAGGCGGCCGUCCCCCCGCCGUCGGCUGUUCCACCGCCGCCCUCCUCGGCUGCUCCGCCGCCGCCCUCCUCGGCUGCUCCGCCGCCGCCCUCCUCGGCUGCUCCGCCGCCGCCCUCCUCGGCUGCUCCGCCGCCGCCCCGACGGAUGGUGCCCAAGUCCAGACGGGCCCACGCAGCAACCUACGGCCCAAACGUCCGCUACCACGACAACACGCCCGCCGAGCCCAUCCUGCCGGCAGAUGGCGCGUGCCCCGGCGCCCUUGCCG